AUGCCCAUUGCUCCCAUCGUCGGCAGGCUCAGAAAACACAUCAUCGCUGACAUCUCCAUUGCGUACGUCUCUUCCUCCGCUUAUGGAAUUACUCAGGAGGGUCGCUCAUCAUUCCAGACUAGGCCUUGGAGCGUCUGCCGGUUACUUAUUCUGGUAUGGUGUUCACAUUCCCCAGACUCGAAAAAAGCUAGGAUCGUUCCACUCGGUAGAGAAUUGGGAUUGUCUCCCAUGCAAGACCCAUUAGUGGUCUUCAGAACCAAUAUCUCAGAGGGCUGGCCCCACAACUGGAUCCAUGCUAACGCGCUGCCGGAUCAUCACAAGCAAGGUGACGACUACAUCCAGGGUGAUCAUCGUUGGCCGGCCCUUCCGGAAGUUUCCAAGGAGGGUGCGGCAGACGCCUAUGUUCCGAAAGAGGUGGCUAUCAUUCAGUCAAAAGCGAUCAACAACUUGAGGGAUAAGAGAGCUGAUGCGUUCUUCGACCAUUUCAUACUCCUGUGCAACUACUUCCAACAUCCAGAUCGUCACAAGGGCAAACAUCUCUUCCGUCAUCUAGACAGACGACAUGAUGACGAUCAAUUGGUACAUCCACCUCAUCAAGUGAUCUAUAAAUUCAACCCGCCUAGUGAUAGACUUUCUCAUUCGGACUACAGGUGGUUGAUGCUGGUCAUUCAUUACGCUUCAAUGAUAGACGAUCUCUUCCGUGUCCCUGGUACACACUUCCGAUUUGGCUUUGGCUUCUUUCUCAACCUCGUCCCCGAGGUCGGGGAUGUAAUUGAGACCUUGUUCAAUUUCAUCAUUUGGAUUUACGUUCCUUGGCAUACCGGAUGCUGGCGAAUGAUAUACGGCAAAGUUCUCCGCAUAGAAUUUCACAACUUUAUCAUUUGUUUAAUCCCUUUUCUAGGAGCCUAUCUUUCGGCUCAAGUUCGUCCAAACAGACGCAACAGUCGUUUACUAUCAUGUUUCAUGAGCGUCCGAAGUGCCAUGGCCAAAGAUGUGAGGCGUGGGGAUGUAUGGGUGUCGAAAGCGGAGAGUAUGGAUGCGACCCCUUUGACACUGGCGGAUUACUUGGGAGUGGACGAGAUCAGUUAUGUACAUACGAGUACAGCAACAUGUGAUCCAGUGACUCGGAGGUAG